AUGAAACGCGCCAUAGGGCCAAGUUUCUUAAUCACCCUUUGUCUCUUCUGCUUUUUGCAGGAGGGAGUGGGAGCUGUGGACACUCGUAGUCAUAGUGUUAAAUAUUCUGAACGAGCCCAGUAUAUCCACGAUCAUGGAACUGCCACAAGAAGCAGCAGAAAUAAUGUCCAGGAGAAUGGAAGGCACCACGAGGAAAGUGAAGUCAGGGUGGAUUCUGCGAACCAUGAGCAGCUACAUACUCGCUCCGGUGAAAAAAGGACUGCUCCCAAGCUUGAAGUGACUUCCCACACAACAAAAGCUGCGACAAACGUUAAAGAGCGAAACAACUGGGAAGAUUCGCAUGGCCGUACUUCAGGAAACGGCGCUGCUGUGGAUGAUUGGAGCGCGAGGACUUACAAUGACCCCAGAGAUGGUGAAACACAGGAACGUACACAUUCUGAUGCUCACCCACCUCCGCCUCGUAAUAGUAAUGUUGCUGCGGAUGACUGGAGCGAGAGGACUUACAGUCACGAAACAACGACAAACGAACGCACAUAUUCUGGUGCAGAUGACAGGACCGAGAGGACUCACAGUCACUAUACAGACGGCGAUGCAGAGGAACGUGCACAUUCUGGUGUUCACCCACCUCCGCCUCGUACCAGUGAUGCUGUCGAAAGGGAGGAAGGGAAUGCAUAUGCUCGCGACAGCACUACAACUACUACUUCUCAUUCACGCACACACUACGGUGGCGAUACUGGAGAGGAGCGCAUCAAUGCUAACAAACAUCCCGCAACAAAGACUUCUUCCAGCCAUCAUUCAACAGAAGAACGAACUGGAGGAGAAGAGGAGGAAACAGUUGUUGAAGCAAAAACUGAAGCCCAUCCCAUUGGACUUAUCAAUGGAUUGGAUGGAAAGGCUGCAAUGGGUCGCUCCAUUGAAUUGGAUGCGCGCGAAAUGGAUACGACUACCACCAUCCUUGCGUCAGCCCUCAUUGGUUUUACAGUUCUGCUAUUGCUAUUAUUUUGCAUUGCAGAGAUUGCCAAGAAGCGACGCGAAAAGAAGGCGGAUUCGACCCGGCUGCUUCGGGUCUUUCAAUACCUACACGAAUUCAAUGUGGAUGAUAUUGAUAUUCAACUAUCUGCAGCUGGUGGAUUCCACGUGGGGUACCUCAACGGUUUGGCCCAAGGAAUCAAUACGAAGAAACAGGCAGACCAGAAAACAGAUACCUCCUCGGAUGAGGGUGAGAAUGGUGGAAACCUUUCCAAGAAGGUUUAA